AUGGCAAAUUCUAAAUUUGGAUACGUGAGACAAUUUGAAACGCACGACGUUAUUUUGCCUCAGUGUUACAUUGUGAUAAGGAUAGAUGGCAAGAAGUUUCAUGAAUUUUCCAAGUUUUACGAAUUUGCCAAGCCAAAUGAUGAAAAAGCCCUGAUGCUAAUGAAUGCGUGUGCAAAGAAUCUUGUGCUUAAAUACAGAAAUGAUACUAUAUUGGCUUUUGGGGAAAGUGAUGAGUAUUCAUUUAUUUUGAAGUCUGACACAGCUUUAUUCAAUAGAAGAAAGGAUAAACUUGCAACUUUAUUUGGUUCCUUUUUCACGUCUAAUUAUGUUGCAUUAUGGGCCAAAUUUUUUCCAGACAAGCCGCUGAGCAUCAAGCAUUUGCCAUACUUCGAUUCAAGGUGCAUCGCAUACCCCAAUUUACAAACAGUAAAGGAUUAUUUAUCUUGGAGAUAUGUCGAUACACAUAUAAACAACCUUUAUAAUACAACCUUUUGGCAAUUGAUAAUAAAAUGCGGUUUAACACCUCAGGAAUCCGAGAAAAAACUAUGUGGAACAUUUAGUAAUGAUAAACAGGAAAUUCUAUUUUCUCAAUGUGGAAUAAACUAUAACAAUGAACCUGAGAUGUUCAAAAAGGGCUCGUUAGUAACGAAAAAAGGAGAGAUUCUCCAUAUCAAUGUCAUCGCACAGAUAAAUGAGUUGUUCCGAGGAUAUCAAUAA